ACCGAGAAAAUUUGGAAGUCAAGGCUUUAAUCUACGCGGUGGCGGCCAUUGCUGGGCGGGUCGAAGCUUCCUAGGAUCCCCAACAAGCAAUCUCACACGCUCUCUCUUCGCUUUCCAAGAUCAAUAAAACCUGCAGAAAUCUCUCACGACCCUUCCCUCCAUCAUCAUCACCACCACCAUCACCAUCAUCGUCACCAUCUCUGUCUCUUUCUCUGCAUACUGUCCAUUGAACGCGUGGAGUGCGGCACUGUUCGAGACAGUAGGGGCCGAAUCCGAGGGAGUAGAAAAGCCUGUGGGACUCCGCCUCUUGUUGCUGCAGAGGCCGCCCACCCACCUCGUCUUCUUUUGCUGAACGAUCAGGUCUUUGAGAGAGAGAGAGAUGGGUAGUCAUGGGAAAUCAAGAAAGGCCAUGAUCACCGUGCUCUGCUGGGUCUCGGUGUGCGCCGCUCUUCAGGGCUGUUUCGCCGAUAUCCCUCACUUCGGGAAGAAGUCCGCCUCUCGCUCCGGCUCCUCCUUCGUCCUUCCGAUCUCCGGCAACGUUUACCCUCUUGGGUACUAUUCGGUGUCCGUCAGCAUUGGUCGCCCACCGAAGACUUUUGACCUGGACAUCGACACUGGCAGUGACCUAACUUGGGUUCAGUGUGAUGCUCCUUGUACUGGGUGCACUAAGCCUCGCGACAGUCUUUACAAGCCUAAUAACAACCUUGUGCAAUGUGAGAACCCUCUCUGCGCUGCCGUACAUACAUCUGGAAACCAACCAUGCAAGACCCCCAAUGAUCAAUGUGAUUAUGAGGUAGAAUAUGCAGACCAAGGUUCAUCUCUUGGUGUUCUUGUCAGUGACUAUAUCUCCCUAAAAUCAAUGAAUGGAUCUCUCCUCAAUCCUCGUCUGGCCUUUGGAUGUGGAUAUGAUCAACAUUUUCCUGGUCCUAUACCUCCUCCUGCCACUGCCGGUGUCCUUGGCCUCGGCAAUGGAAAAGCUAGCAUCCUCUCUCAAUUGAGUAGCCUCAACUUGAUACGCAACAUAUUAGGUCACUGUCUGAGUGCUCGAGGUGGAGGCUUCCUCUUCUUUGGAGACGAUGUCGUCCCUUCUUCAAAAAUUGCCUGGGUACCAUUGUCAGCUAGUUCAUCGGUCAAGCACUAUGCAGCAGGACCUGCGGGACUCUUAUACAAUAAUAAGCCUAUUGGUGUAAAUGGUCUUCAAGUGGUUUUUGACAGUGGGAGCUCCUACACUUAUUUUAAUCCUAAGGCUUAUCAAGCUGUGCUCAAUCAGGUAAGGGCAGAUUUGAAGGGAAAGCCUCUGAAAGAGACAGAUGAGGACAAGUCUCUUCCGAUCUGCUGGAAGGGAGCAAAACCUUUCAAGUCUGUGAAUGAGGUCAAGCACCAAUUUAAGCCUUUAGCGUUGAGCUUUACGAAAGGAAAUGCCCAACUUCAGUUGCUGCCCGAGGCUUAUCUCAUUGUCACAAAACUCGGUAAUGCGUGCUUGGGAAUUUUGAACGGUGGGCAAGUGAAGCUAGGAGAGCUCAAUGUAAUAGGAGACAUUUCCAUGCAAGAUAAAAUGGUGGUCUACGAUAAUGAAAAGAAGCAGAUUGGAUGGGUUUCGGCAAACUGUGACAGGCUUCCGAAUGCGGAUCGUGAUUAUAAUGGUGAUUUUUCUGAGCCUUAUGCAGCUGAUUUUGGUAUCUUAAGACAGUUGAGUCCAGCCACUUGCUUCCUCUGAAGAGCGGUCUCUGGCUGAUGAAGAACGUCUUAGGUAUAUGAGAGAGAGAGAGAGAGAGAGAGAGAGAGAGAGAGAGAGAGAGAGAGAGAGAGAGAGGUUACGGACUGUACAUGUAUUUUUUUGCAAAGAUAGGGAUUACAAAGAUUAUAUCCUUUGCCUGUCGUAAAUUCGCUGGUCCGCAGAUGUAAUUACCAUAAGCCCUAUAUUAGCAGGGGCAUACAUGUUUCUUGUUUACAGAAGAGCGCAGAACAUUAUGUUGCAAUCUACUGCCAAAAACAUCCUACUCA